AUGAAACAAUUAUUGUUUCUUGCCUGUAUUUGGAACUUGGCUUUGUCAAACCAACUGAUGAUAAGCAAGGAGAGUCAACAGUUUCAUUCAUACUCGACAAAAUCGAGUAUAAAGACGAAGAUUGGUUACAAAAAGUGUUUGUCUUCUGUACCAAGCUACGUAUACGCAACAGCGAAAGCCACCGAAUCAUCCCUACCCCACACAUUUAAUGUGACAGUGCUUGAUGUGAAGGAAAGUUAUUUCGAGGUGGAACUCAAACGAACGGAUAUUUCUGAAGGAUGGAAUACGUUUGUAACCGUUGACUGGUUUUUCUACAUAGGUAACGCAGUGCUUUACGGAAAUAAGGUUAUUUGGAUUGCCGAUUUAUUUAAUUCAAAAUCAAUGAACUACACUACAGCAAAAGCUGAUUGCAAAGAAAGAGGUGGCAAACUUGUGGAAAUUGUAGACAAACCAAUGUAUGACGUAGUCUAUAAUUACGUCAGAAGCAACUUCGUGUUCGGUGCAAGGGACGCGGUGUCUUUCCACUUAGGUUCAACGUAUGACACGAAGGUGUGUAUACACAGUCAGAGUAUAACACAUUAUUUGAAUAUACAGUUAAUAUAA